AUGAAUCCAAGCCACCGCUCACCACUGCCAUCCCAUCUGUGGAUCGCAGCCGGCCUUGCUCCGACAGACGACACACCCCUCACCGAGCCAGAGAAGGAGGCACUGUUAACUUACUACCUCCAGAAUGAAGAAGCCAUCGACGAGCGACGUCGGCAGGCUAUACAAGAGAUCAAGUCAUCCCACAAUCUCAACCGUCCUGUCAGUUACCACAGCCAACGCGCAUCCACACAGAAUCCGCAGUCGCACCAAAGCGGUAAUCCCUCGAGGCUUUCACAUGGCCAGAACUCCCAUACCAGCCGCCAGCCACAGCGGGUUCUUGGAUCUAGGUAUAUCCAGCCAACAAUGUAUCCGACUUUGAGCCAAGCUCAGCAACCCAUGAAGAUCACGCCUCAGGACCACAGGCAAAAUGUACAACCCGCCGCGGUACCGCAACCAAAAUUGCGGAUUCCAGCCGUCGACCCUCCGCUCGGCCCACUACCAUUCACUCCAGUGAGCCCUGCCGGCGCAGCGCCCCCGCGGCAGGGGGUAAUGUUUUCCGAUCUUCAUCAUCCUGGCGGCCAACUACGGCAGUUUGUCGAUGCCAGACAACUUCCGCCGUUGAACCAAUUGGGCUCUAGCAGCAGUCAACACCGGAUGCACCUGAUGCCAAUGACGCCGCCGGAGCCCCCAAAUGCUGUACAACAUCAGCAAUCACAACAGAGGAUGCGCCCAAUCAGCGAGCAACGUUUAACUCCUGCCAACCAACCGCAACAGGUCGUGGCGGCUAUCCAUGUGCCUGCUGUGCAGAAUCAGCAAUCACGCAAGAGGACGCGCCCAAACGGCGAGCAAUCUUCUACUGGCAACGAAUCACAACAUUUCGUGGAGGCUAGGCAUCCUGUGCCUGCUCUUCAGAAUCAACAAUCGCGAAAGAGGAUGCGUCUAAAUGGCGAGCAACAUUCUACUGGCAACCAACCCCAACAGCUUCUGGAGGCUAGACAACAUAUGCCUGCUGUUCGAAAUGCGCAAUCGCGGCAGAGGAUGCGCCCAAACGGCGACCAACACUUAGCUACUGGCAACCGCCCCCAGCAGUUUGUAGAGACUAUGCAUCAUGUUCCUAUUAUCCUGGCAGCCGACACCAGCAGUUUGUGGAAACAAGGCAUCAUGUGCCUAUUGUUCAGAAUCUGCAAACGCGGCAGGGUAUGCGCCCAAACGGCGUCCAACACUAUCCUGGCAGCCUACCUCAGCAGUUUGUGGAGGCUAGGCAUCAUGUGCCUGCUGUUCAGAGUCAGCGAACGGGGCAGAGGAUGCGCCCAAACGGCGAGUAACACCCAGAUACUGGUAGCCGACCCCCAGCAGUUUGCGGAGGCUAGGCAUCAUGUGCCUGCUGUUCAGAAUCAGCAAACGCGGCAGAAUAUGCGCUCAAACAGCGAGCAACACUAUCCUGGCAACCAGUUCCAGCAGUUCAAGGAGGCUAGGCAUCAUGUGCCCUCAAGGCAAACAGGCUCCAGCGGACCUCAGAUUGAAGCAACACCCGCGGAGGACCCCAGAACCAGCAGUCGCAGGAGAGGAAUUGCGACAAAUGUGGUACAUCAGUUUACAAGAAUGAUGUGA